CAACCUCGUCGGGCGACAAUCAGCAGGCACCGUGAUUCGCGACGAGGUUCGUUGGGUUUCGGCUGGUCCAUUAACCCUCCCCGUACAUACAUGUGCUCAAGUCGAGCAUACAACUUCAAAGCGUGCUUGUCUCCACGAAAGCGUGCGUUCCUGCAUCGAUACCUGGUUAGACCGUUCAUCUAUGCUGAACUCGGUUUGAGUGGCUGAGCAUCGGCUGUUGAGCAUGUUGUCUCUGUUAAGAGUAUCCAAUAUCUAUACAAGAACGCCUGGGCGGCCUCUCGUUCCACCCCCAUCUGCUGGAUCUCAACCUCAAAAAUAAAAUCCCCUUGCCCUCUCGCCCAAGAUGUCUUCGGGUGACUAUAAUUCCCCGAUCAGCGCACCUCUGGGGAGUCUGUCUUCUGAUGAGGCGGGGCCAUGGAUCAUCGUCUGCGGUUAUAUUUUCAUUGUGCUCAGUGUUAUGACCAUCUUUAUAAAACUGUUUACAAGAUUCAAAGCAACGAAUCGCCUGACUCCGAACGACUAUUUCAUCCUCACUGCGGCGUUCCUGGCGUUAUGCCAAACCAUCACCAUCACAGUGGCCGAACAUUACGGCCUGGGUAGAAAGCGUCCCAAGGUAUCCGAUGCAGAGUUUGAAUCAUUCCAAAAGUCAAUCUAUGCAGCAGAUAUUCUCCAGAUAGCAGCGCUAGCAGCUUCCCAAGCGUCACUUACAUUCUUGGUCAUUGCCAUCAAUCCCACCCGGAAGCUGCUUCUCUCCUGCUACGCUAUCCUCGGAUAUCUGGUGGCGUGGACGAUAGCGAGUAUCAUUGCAGUAUCAUUCAAGUGCAGUCUUCCCGGUCCGUGGAACACUAAUGGCAACAAAUGUGUCGACCUUUUCGCGCUGAACGUCGGCAUAUAUACCCUCAACAUCCUGGGUGACAUUUCCAUCGUGGUUGUGCCUUUUAUCAUGAUGCAGAAAGUCCAAGUGUCUUCGAGCAAGCGAUUUGUUGUUAGCGGUCUCUUUGCGUGUCGACUUGCGGUCCCGGCUUUCACGAUUGCAAUGCUCGUCUUUAGGAGGCGCGAAUUCAGGACCAACCGCGGCCGGAACGAUCCGACGUGGUACGCGCUCGUACCUCAAGUCUUUGCCCAGAUCAUGCUGAACGUGUCCAUCAUUGCUGCAUGCAUUCCCUCGCUCAAGCCAUUCCUCGCCGACAUCAAACCGGGAUUGAUUGUGGUCAACAUUCCCGAGCACGAAUUGACAGCAUCGUUUGUACGACAUUCCAAGAGCAGGAGCGAAGGCAAAGGCACUACACUCAAGAAUGGUGGGGGUCUCACGCGGCUCGCCAGUCGCUUUGGACUUACCACUCGCGGUGGAAGUACGCUGAAUCCAAGCAGUGGCAGUUCGGGUCUAUGGGGAGAAAAACAAAAAGAGGCCGUCACUGCCAUGGAGAGAGGAUACAAUCGCCCUCACGCCACCAAGGCGAGUAGCAAGGUUGAGAACGAUCGCAGUGAAAGUGUCAAGGGGCUUACGGAUGAUGUGAUCCUACAUACGAUUGACUACAAGGUUGAAUAUGAGGAUCAACAGAGUGAUGCUGAUGGUAUCCACGACGGUCCAGGUGGGAGUCCAAGGCGUAUGUAAAUAGUUGCGGCCACAUGAUUCACUUGUGAUACAGUGUGUGUCAAUGUUGCGAUCGGGAGGGUUUUUGGGAUGGAGUCGUUCGGGGUGGCGUGUCUGUAUUGAUUAUCGUACGGAUCCUUACAAAGCGCCAUGGCCUGGGCGAGGUUGUGUAUCUCUUGUAAUCUUUUGUCCUGGAAAAGGAAUGCAAAGAUGUCUCAC